UAUCCCUCUCUUCAGUGCAGUAACUGAGUCAUUCGUUGCCUCUGGCCCUAGGGUAUGCUGUGUUUCUGCAGUCUGCUGCAAUUUUUUCUCUGUUAAUCUGUCAGUGUUUUUCUGCUAAUGCAGAUGUAGAUUUGUUUUCUGACGCUAUGUAGACACUUGUCCAGAAUCAUUUGUUCAGCCUCAUCUCUGCGUGCAUCUGCAGCAUGAACCUUUUCUUUUGUUCAUAGCAUCUCAUUUGAUUCUUCCCAGGCCUCAGACUGUGAGAUGCAAGAAAUAAGCAUGAGGAAAUCUCAGCCAUUUUUCAUGGAGCGAAUCCCAGAGAGACUCCCAUAGACGUGCCUCUGUCUUUCAUCUCACACCUGUGAAAGAAGCUCUCACGCAAAUCCCUCUCUGUGACAUUAACUGCAAAACCAGUUUGCUUUUGAUUUCCUCAGCUUUUGAAGGACAACCACAUCAGGAAGAAAACUACUUCCUGGGUCACCAAGAGAGCAUUAUUCUUCAGAAAGAGGGAAUGAAAGGGUGGUGUUUAGAGCAGAGGUCUGACAUCUCCUUCCUGUUUGCAAAGUAAACUCUCGUGAAACAAAACAAAAAACAAACCAAAAAAAAAAAACAUGAAAAAAUUUAAUAUUGGGAAAAUGGCUCUAAAAAACUCCCGUAAGCAUCACAAAAAAAGUUCCCUUCAGGAGCAGAAGGAGGACCUGCGGAAGCGCCUGUCCUAUACCACCCACAAGCUGGAGCUCCUGGAGUCUGAGUGCGAUGCCACCCGGCAGUAUCUGGAGAUCGAGCUGCGGCGGGCACAGGAGGAGCUGGAGAAACUCACAGAGAAGCUUCACCGGAUCCAAAACAGCUAUUCAACCUUACAGAGGAUUAAUCAGGAACUGGAAGAAAAAAUCCACCGGACGUCACAGCGCGACGAUGACGACAAGAGAGCUCUGAGCCACGAGAUCAUUGUUCUGAAUAAUCACCUCAUGGAAGCCAAGAUAACCAUCGAUAAACUCCGGGAGGAUAAUGAGCUCUACAGGAAAGACUGCAAUGUGGCUGCUCAGCUGUUUCAGUGUAGCAAAUCCCAUUACAGAGCCCACAAACUCUCAGAGUUACCGAGUGAAUUUCAGGAGCGAGUGAGCACCCACAUGGAGAAGCAUGGCUGUGGCAUCUCGUUGCCUCUCUGUCACUCUCCCUACUCUGACAGUGUUCCUAUUUCUGUUAUCGCCAAGCUCCUGGAAAAGCCAGCGCCCAACAGCAUGCCUGGUUCACACUCUUCCAGCCCGCUGUCCAGGGAGGGGAACUUUGCACAAAACAGCAUGGGGAGCACAGAGAAGCUGAACCGGAAAAGCGUGUACAAGUCAGACCUGUACCGCAGUGACACAGCCCUGUACUGCCCCGACGAGAGGAUGAGGGAGAGGAGGCAGAGUGUGGAUCUGCAUGUCAGGGACCCUGAUAGGUUCCGGCCACAGAACUCCACAGACAGCACCACCGAGGAGGAUGGCUUCCAGCUGAGCUUCUCGCACGAGCCCUUCAACGAGUUCACCCCCUCCCUGCCCCCCUCCAGCUCCUACUCCAGCUUCAGCGCGCAGUCCGAUGAGAAGGGCCAUGGCGCAAGCAGCACCCUCUCCUCGCCUCACCGAGCUCUUUACAUGGACUGGAGGGACGAGAACUACGACAGAAAGAGCAGCUCGUCUUACGAGAAGGACAGCCCCGGCUUUCCCAAAUCCAGGAGUUUCCAGCACAUGGCGCAGGGCCACCAGAACGACUCCUCACCCGUUUACAUCAGGACUGUCCCCACAUGCUUCAGCGAGCCUUUCCACUCCCCGAGGACGGCCUCCCCCCACACACUCUACGGCGACAGCAGGAGCCCUGUCCACAUCUCCGAGGAGGACCUGUCUAGACGCUGGAGGCAGCUGAGCGUGGAGGAUGUCAACGCGUAUUCUUACAGGAACCCAGGCAGGGUCUCACCCUACAGCUUCUCGGAGCAGCACUUCGCAAUCGGACCGGCCAAGAGCAAGCUGGGCCACCUCUACAGCAGCUUCCAAGAAGGAGAAGAUGUGUAUCAGAGCCGGAUUAUGGACCCUGCCUGCUUUAUGCCAACAAGCCCCAGCCUGGAGCGUGAAAUAGGUCUCCGGUCACAGGAGAAGAUGCAGAUGUACAGACAGAGGGAGGAUGACCAGAAGUCUGAAAGGAGCUUGUUUCACGGGAGCUCAAAGGAUAAAGGCAGCACCAGCAGUGUGAAAAAUGAAUAUGUCGACGUGAGCCCAAACAGCUCAGCUGAAUCAUUAAACCAAAGUUCACUGGAGGUUUUGGAUCUCCAGCACUACAGCAUGGAGCACGAUUCCCCUUCCGCUCUGAGACAGAAAUCUCCACAGUUCCAAAGAUUUGGCACCCCGGGACUCUGCAGGAAGGACAGUCUCACGAAGGCACAGCUGUAUGGGACACUGCUGAAUUAAAGAGUCUCUUAUAAAGAGUUUCUUAUACAGAGCACGUGCUUUGAAUCAGUGCUUUGUGCCGCAGAGAACCCAACAGUUAAGGGAAUCGUUAAAUGGCAUAAAAUAAUUCCAGAGGUCGUGCAACCUGGAGAAUUGACACCUGCAGAUCUGGAGCUGUUUAAGGGAACCAAGCGCAUGGGGUGGUUUGAAAGUGUGGUUUGAAAGGACACACACACCCAACGAAGCACGCUCCCCCUAACCCAGAGGCUGGGGCACUGGCAACUCUUCAUCAUCACUGCUCAGUCUUCAUUUUGAGCAGAUUUCAUUUUUUUCAGAGAUGCUUAAGUCUGUGCGUUCAAAUAAUUGAGUUGUUUUUUCAGAGGUAUUGUUAGGGCUGUAACUUUCUGAAGACUGGAUUUCUUUGUUGAGCAUUCCUGGCAUUCCCAGGUCAGCUUUUAUUUUUGAAUGCUCUGUACAGAAAAGGUCUUAUUAGGAGAAACACAAGAGGCGUGCUGGGCAUUGUGAAAGCAAUAACAUCGAUGUUAUAAAAGAAACCAAGGGCACAGUUACAAUGCAAAUAUGGAGCCAGCUUUAAAACAAAUGACUGUUACACAAUAUAUUAGGGAUGUGCAGAAGAUUCAGACGUGCCUUUCCCUUUAAAAUAAAGCAAAAACAAGCUGAACAGGGGAAUCUUGUGGGAUUAUUUUAAAUACACACCAGGGAUUUGUCCAAUCAGUCCAGUCUGAACAACACUGCUGUGUAUUUCAUUAACCCCUUCAUUGCUCUUCACUGAGAUUCAUUAAACAGGCACGUUGCCCAUUCCACCCUCUCUGUGCAUUCUGUCUUAGCUUCAGUUGGCCAGCCCAGCCUGUCAGCUCUGCUCCUGAUUCCAAACGUUGCGACAGGUGGUGUAAAUAAAUGUAUAGUCUUGGGUAUCUGGAGAUUUUAGGCAGGCCAUGAUUAUCUUCGUUCUUUUUUUGUGUAUAUUAUUGAGGAUAUCUGCAUGGGUCUUCUCCAGAUACCUAACUGAUACUGGUUGUCAUUAGUUUCUCUCACUGUGCUGUUUUCUGCAAUACCUCUGUGUAAUACUGUGGAUCGAAUCACAGUUCUCGGACCGGGUCUCCUGUAAAGCCUUUUGUGCAUGACAUUCAAAGUGGAACCAGAGCGCCGUCCCACCCUACAUGGGCAUCACUGUCACUGCUUCCCUGAGAAUCGACGACCUGGCUGUGCAUCACAUGACCUCAUCGAUUCACAGUGGAACCGGAGCGCUGUCCCUUCCUACAUGGGCCUCACUGUCGCCGCUUCUACAGAAGGCAUCUCAUCAAUCCAUGUCACCUUCAAGAGCACAGGGGUCAGUAGUGGUUUUAUACACUCGAGAGGAGCGGAUAACCUGCAACGUAAAGACAGUUUCUCAUAGACACUGAAAACCUUUUCUUGUGAUUGUGCGUGCGUGCGUGCGUGCGUGCGUGCGUGCGUGCGUGCGUGCGUGCGUGCAUCAGUGUUGUGUGUGUGUGUGCAGAUAUCUCACUUCAUGAUUGGUAUUAAUUUCCCUGCUCCAUGAUGUUCUUUGCUUUCUCUUCCCAAUGUUUUCCCUUUCCUGUACUACCUCAGAUUUGAUUAUCGUCUCACCAUGAAAGGAUUAUCCAGCCGUUCUUUAUAUUUGCAUUAUUAUGCAUGUUUCUGUAUUUUUUUGUUGUUGUUUUGUUUCUAUGCAUAUUAAAGAUCAAUGCAGUACUUGCA